CGGGCGACGAGGCGCCUGCGCACAACGUGCGGGCCCCUGGGGCGGCGGUGACGUGGCGUGGGGGCCGUGACGUCACCGGUGGCGUUCCCCUCCCCCAUCUCCCGGCUCCGCUGCACGGGUCCGGAGUGAAGACGGGCCCUCUCGUUCCCUAUGGGCAGCUGGCAGGCGGGAAAGAACCUGCGAUAUUGCUUGGCACACCGCCCGCCCUUGGUCUGCGCCGCUCUUUCACUGCUGCUGCUAGGGGCCGCGGGCCUGGGCCUCGGGACCUUUGUUCAUUUUCACGGGGCCGGGCUCCGCGACCCUGACGUACCCCAGGACUGGAUCUCCUUUCUGAGGUCCCUGGGACAGCUGAGCCUCUGCCCCGGGAAUGGGUCGGCCGCGGGAAGGCCGCCGCUUCCUCCGGGAACUCAUUCCGUGCGCCUGCUGACCCGGCUGAGCCUCGGAGGGGGCCCCAAAGGGAACAAGACCCGGAGGCUGCAGGCCGCCAUCUGGGGCCACCAGCUGGGCCUAACUGGCCUUUCUGCCGGAGAAGUGGUGUUGCUCACAGCCCAGGUGCCGAUGGAGGGGACCGCGGGGACUUGCCUGGUCUUCACCGCAGCCCGAAGCGUCCUCCCGCCGAGCCAGCCGCCUCAGUCCUGCCGGGAGGAAGGAGACGGGGACGCCGUGAAUGUGUUCGCCGACGAGAACCCCAGCCCGGGAGAGGAGUGUUAUCGGGUCUGGGGCCGGGGAGAUGUCAUCGUCACCAAAUUACUUACCUCAGAGGAGCUGGCGCUAUGUGGUUCGCGUCUACUCUACUCCGGCUGUUUCCUCCUCUUCGUCUGCGGCCUCCUCUGCUGCUGUGCGGCCGUCGGUACCCAUCCCCACUGGGAGACCCCCCUGCCCUGGAACCAAAUCUAGCCCCCCGGCCCUCACCCUCAGCUUAGGUUUGCCGCUGGAUUUCCCUGGCCCCGCGGGGCGCGUCUGGUCGGAAGGAAACCGAGGAUUGGGGAUAAGGACCAAUAAAACAUUUUCGUUCGCUCACUGCCCGCUGUUGGGUAGGGACCGCCUCUCUGUGUUGCCGCUUUGUACUUCCCAAGCGCUUAGUACACACAGCCGGCGCUCAAUAAAUACGAUGAAUGAAUGAACUUAUUGAGCACCGACGGUGUGCAGAGCACUGGACUGAGCGCCUGGGAGACGACGCUGCAACGAUAACCGGAGUGAGGUCGGAGGGGACUGCUGGGUUUUGAGCGUCACGCGUGUUUUCCCCCCAACGGGGAAAUAUUGGCGUGAGAAGCAGCGUGGCUCAGUGGAAAGAGCUCAGUGGAGUCAGAGGUCAUGGGUUCGA